AAAAGCUCAUCAGUGAGAAACAAUAGGACAUGAUCAUGAGUUCAUCAGUGCUAAUAGGUUUACAGGACAUGUCUCAUCCACAGUUUAUCUCUCAAGUAGCUUCAGGUAAUAAGUAUUGAGCCCCACCCUCUCUUAGGACAGGUAUAUGUGUACACACGCGGGCUGACAGACAGCAGACUUGCUUUCAUCGAGCUUUGGAAACUGUACACAGACUCUACUUGUCAGUUUGGGGCAGAAGACAGUGGAAAGUUGCUGACUUGAAGUGACCAUGGGAAACGAGCAAUCAUCUCCGAAAAAACGGCAGAAGGCAAAUGCUGAGAAAAAAGUCCAAAAUGGAGAGCUGAAUGGACAUGCAGCAGCAGCUCCAGAUGAAACUGAACCUGAGACAAGCAAAGAAGCAGCAGUGGAGCAAAAGAGUGAAACCCCACCAGCCCCUGUCACAAAUCAACCAAAACCACCAGAAAAAGAGGAGGUAGACAGCAGCAAAGCGAAUGGACCCGUGCAUGUGGAAACGACCCCUGAGCAAAAAACAACUAAAUCAUCAGAUGCUGAACCACACAAAAAAGCUGCAAAGCCCAGUGGAGAUGAGAUGUCUAGCUUCAUUGGUAAAAUGUUCAAAAAGAAAAGCGAACCUGCAGCAGAAAACAACGAUUCAGUGGAUGCACCGGUCAAAGCAGUGGAUCUGAAAAUCGACAUGAAGCCUGAUAAAGUAUUAAUUAACGCAGACCAAAAGGAGAUUCUUGAGGAAGUCGCGGAGAAGAUCAAGUUGCAAUUGGUUGACUCCAUUCCUGUACAACCCAUAAGUUCAGGUUUACUGACAAAGCACGUCCUGUUGGAGUCCUCAAACACAGAUGAGAUCUUUCCAGACUGGCCUGCUACACACGAACCAGUAGAUGUUAGAGAAGAACCAGUAGCUGAAGAGCCAGUUAAAAGAAAAGCCAGUGAGUUACAUACAGGACAUCUGAAGUCUGAAGAGGAACUAUUGGUUGAUGCCCAGGCUGUAGAAGAAGAAGAACCUAAAACUGAGGAUGCUGAAAAGGCCUUGAAAGAAGACACAGAACUCCUACAACUUGUUGAAAGCAUAACAUCAGAAGAAAAGAAACAAGCAUCAGUUGAUACUGUCGAUGUUGAGGAACCAGUCGUUGGAGCUGAUGAGCCAUUGCUGGUUGCUGAAGAAAUUGCAGACAUUGUUGAGGAAAUCUUCCACAUCACUCAGGAGCAAGAAAGCCUUGAUGCAGAAGAGUCAGAAGAACAUCAAAGGAACAUGUGCAAGGAGACUUUGGUCGUUACAGAAGAACCAUUACCAUCAUCUGUGGAAGCAGCGCUGAUUGCCGGAAAAGAAAUCGCUCCUGCCACUUCUGAGUUCAUCUUAGCUGUUAAUAGAUCGAUGACUGUAGAUGAGGACAGUUGGGUGAUAAUUCAAAAACUGGCUCGACCGCAGAACAUCUCUGGACUUUUAGAAGAACCUGCACUCACUAGAACUAAAUGGUAUUCAGCAGAUUCUUCUCAAUUGCUUUCCCAACUGAGGUCCACAUGCACUAAAGUUUUAGAAGAUGCUUCAUAUAAGCCGCUCAGUGUCGAUGUAUGUGCUGAUGAAAGCACUAUUCACAUCACAGUUGAGCUUUGCCCGGAUGAGCUCACAUAUCUGAAUAAGGAUCCAGUGGACAUAAAGACCAGCACAGAGCCGGAGCCGGUGGCUGAAGCUCUCAAACCCAGUCCAGUGGAAGCUGCACAAGAAAAUAACCCGUCAGAGGAGGCCAAAGCAGCAGAGAAGACAGUUAUGAACUUUUUCAAAACAUUUGUCACUCCGACCAAAACAAGCAAAGAAGCCAAAGCCACUCCUGAUGCUUCUAAAGAGCAGUCACAGAAAGAGACCCCACCAGCACCAUCAACUAAUGUACAGGAAGCACCCAAGGCACCUCCUCCUCCUCCCCCAGCGCCACCUAAGAUGGAAAGCAAAGCAGAGUCGGCGGUAAAGAAAGAGGACACGUCUGCAACAAAAGCAGCGGCAGCAGCUGCAACAAAACCAGAGGGAUCUGCCAAGAGCAAAACUAAAGACAGUGCAUUAAGCAAACUCUUCCGUUCAAAGCCUGUUGUGGUGGAAGAGAAAAAGCCGGUUGAGGUGCAGGUCGACGCGUCUAAGAGCAGCACUCUCGAGGCCGCCGCCAAACCUGAUGAACCUCCAGCACAAAAACCAGAGGAGAAGAAACCAGAGAAAAAAUCCACUUUUGGAAGCAUGUUCAAACCCAAGGCACCAGAGCCCAAGAAGGAGACUCCAGCUGCUCCUCCUGCGGCAGAAGCUGCUCCGGUUGCGAAGGCCAAAGAGGAGGCACCGCAAGCGGCCCCGGACAACAAAUCAGCCGAAAGCACAGAUAACGCCUCCCCAAACAUGCCCCACAAGCUGGAGAAGAGGAACUCCUUCCAGCUGUUCUUAAAAAACCUGGCUAAGUAGAAACGCGGAGAUUCUCCAGGGUUAGGGAUCCCACUCAAACCUGUGAGCAUUUGCAAUCUGUGUAG